GAGGCGUGCCAUUCAAAGCUGACGUUACUUUGAUUAGUCACGGACUGCAAUGGCACUGACUUCUGCUGCUGGACUUGUUUCGCUUUUGGACGACAAGGGUUCUGAUGUCAAAGCAUUUGCUCUUAAACGUCUCUAUGAUAUGGUUGACGAGUUUUGGGCUGAAAUUUCGGAAGCAGUAAUGAAAAUUGAAAUACUGCAUGAAGACUCUAAUUUUGAAUAUAAUAAACUGGCUGCUUUACUUGUGUCCAAAGUUUAUUAUCAUCUAGCUGUAUAUGAUGAUGCACUUCACUAUGCUUUGUGUGCUGAAGAUCUUUUCGAUCUAAAUGCGAAUACCGAAUUUGUGGAAACCAUUAUUGCUAAGUGUAUUGAUAAGUACACCGCUCUUCGAACUGCUCAAGAUCAGCUUGUGGAUUCAUCAGGUUCCGUUGUAACAGAAUAUUCAGAAGACAGUACUUGGUCUGUUACCAGUCCAACAUACAAAAGACUAGAACACGUUGUCAACAAAAUGUUUGACCGUUGCUUUGAUCACAAACAGUAUAAGCAAGCCCUAGGGAUAGCUAUUGAAACUCGAAGGUUGGACAUAUUUGAGAAGGCGAUAAUUUCGUCGGAUGAUCAAGAGGGCAUGCUUCGCUAUGCUUUUCGUGUUGUGCUCACUUUAAUCGACAGUGUACGCCUAAGAAAUCGUCUUCUUAAAAUCCUAGUUUCUGUUUAUAUGAACCGAGCUCUUCCCUCCGAUGCUGUAAAUGUUUGUCAAUGCUUGGUACUAAUGGAUGACCCACAGGCCACGGCAGAUACUCUGGAACACUUGUUACUACAAUCACAAGAGGCAGCCGUAACAGCAUAUCAAAUAGGUUUUGAUUUGUAUGAAAAUGCAACCCAAAACUUUCUUCAACGUGUUUCAGCCUCUCUUGCUCGGAGCUCAAAGUUGAGUCAUAUAAUGAGCUUAAUUGAACGUGAUAAAAACUCUGCAAAAAGUUCAAAAACGCCAGAAGGUUCAGCUUGUACCACCGUUGAAACUACAGACGGUGAUAAAAAUAAAUCAGACAACAAGGAAGCAGAAGAAGCAGUGGAAACUGCAUCAGCUAGUGAAACAAACAAAGAGACUGAGAUACCUACAGAUGAACCACUGUCAGAAUUAGAUAAAGAAAUUAAAAGUCGUCUUAUGCACUUGGUCAGUAUUUUAUCAGGAGAUAAAGUAAUCGAAUUGCACCUCCAAUUUUUGAUACGAAAUAAUAAAGCUGACCUUCGACUACUUGAACGCAUACGUGAUGAGGUACGACACUCCGUGACGCAUAAUGCUACCGUUAUUGCAAAUGGUAUUAUGCAUUGUGGAACAACAUCAGAUCAGUUUUUAAGGGAUCAUUUAAAUUGGUUAGGAAAAGCUGUAAAUUGGGCUAAAUUUACUGCUACUGCUACCCUUGGGGUUAUACACAAAGGUCAUGAAAAGGAGGCUUUACGUCUUAUGUCUGCCUAUUUACCCAAAGAUGCAAGCGGUUCAUCUGGUUCCGUGUACACUGAAGGUGGUGGUUUGUUUGCUCUAGGCUUGAUUCAUGCUAAUCAUGGUGGAACGAUGACAGAAUAUUUGCUCAAUCAAUGCAAGGAGGCUACUGCAGAACCUGUCCGGCAUGGUGCAUGUUUAGGCCUUGGUUUAGCUGCUAUGGGUACCGGUAGAGAGGACGUGUAUGAUCAAAUUAAACUUAAUCUUUAUCAAGAUGAUGCAAUUACAGGUGAAGCAGCGGGUAUUGGUAUUGGUUUAGUCAUGUUAGGAACUGGGUCAACACGAGCUAUUGAAGAUCUACUUGGUUAUGCUAAAGAAACAGCACAUGAGAAGAUUAUACGUGGCGUUGCUUUAGGUAUUGCACUUGUCAUGUACGGUCGAGUUGAAGAAGCUGACGAACUUAUUGAUAAUCUAAUUAUUGAUAAUGAUCCCAUUUUACGUUGGUCUGGUAUGGCAACAAUUGCAAUGGCUUACUGUGGGACUGGUAAUAAUCAGGCAGUGAAACGUUUACUCCACGCUGCAGUCAGUGACACCAAUGAUGACGUUCGACGAUGGGCUGUUACAGCUCUUGGUUUCGUUCUAUUCAAAAAUCCCGAGCAGGUCCCAUCACUAGUGUCUUUACUCGUUGAAUCCUACCAUCCUCAUUUGCGCUAUGGUGCUGCUAUGGCUGUAGGAAUAGCCUGCGCGGGAACAGCUCUUAAAGAAGCUGUUAGUUUAUUAGAAACUUUACAUGAAGGAACAGUGCCAUUUGUUCGUCAAGGUGCCUUAAUUGCUAAUGCAAUGGUAUUAAUUCAACAGAAUGCGGUUACCUCCCCAAAGUCUGUGGAUUUCCGUCAGAAAUUGUUGAAGAUUAUCGGGGAUCGUCAUGAAGAUUUAUUGGCCAAAUUCGGUGCUAUCAUAGCAUGUGGUAUUUUAGAUGCUGGUGGAUGUAAUAUGACUAUUUCAUUACAAACACGUACGGGCAAUGCAAAUAUGGCAGCGGCUGUCGGUCUUUUAAUCUUUCAGAAUUUCUGGUUUUGGCAUCCAUUAACCAAUUUUAUCAGCCUAGCAUUUACACCAACUGCAUUAAUAGCAUUGAAUAAAGACUUGAAUAUGCCAAAGAUACAGUUUCGUUCAAAUGCUAAACCGUCGACUUUUGCUUAUCCUCAACCAUUGCAACAGGAAAAAGAAAAGAAACGAGAAAAAGUAGAGACAGCUAUUUUAAGUAUUACAGCUAAACAACGUAAAAAGGAGGCUGAUAGAAAACAACACAAAGAACAACAACAGUCGACAACCACCGGUGGAGCACAAACUCGCAAAGAUUCUCAACCUAAAGAAGUUAAGAUGGAUAUAGAUGCUCCACUAGAAACUGUCAAAGAAGAAAAACCUUCAACAUCAACUGAAACAAAGGAAGAGAAAGAACCGAAUUUUAGUCUACUAAAUAAUCCAGCUAGAGUAAUGCGUUCACAACAAAGAUACGUCACCCUUCCUGAAUCAUCUCGUUAUGUAACUUUAAAGCCAAUCAGUCAGGGUGGAAUACUGAUGGUGCAAGAUAAGAGUCCUCAAGAUGCAGAAGUUUUAGUUGAAAAUGUACUCGGACAUGGCCCUACCUUAGAACGAUCAGGAGUCGGUGGAGGAACUGGGUCGGCUAGUGGUACAAGUAGCUCUGAUCUUGCUGCUGCAUUAGGCUCUGGAUCUAAUUCUAAAACAGAGCUUAUUCAUGCAUCAACCAUUGGAGCUUAUCUUGACGAGGAUGAUGAUGACGAUGAUGAGGAAGAUGAAGAUGACGAUGAAGAUUCUUCUAGUGAUAUGCAUGAAGAAGAUGAAGAUGAUGAUGAAGAAGAGUUUGAUGUAGCUGCAGCCACUGUUUCGACUGUUGAAAUCGAAGAGUCUGACGAUCACGCCUCUAAGGGAGAUAUAGAAAUGAGUGAAAGUAGUACAGAUGUGAAACGCGACAAAGGUCGUGGAUCUACUUCAAGCCGUCGCGGCAGCAAAUCACAUGUAUCAAGCUCUGAACCAAAUCCACCAGAACCGUUUCUAUACAUAGAAGAAGGCACAACAUCGCAAGCAACAACAGUAACAGCAACAUCUAGCAUUGCUGGUAGCAGUAGUACUAGUAGUAAAUCAGACUCCACUGUAGCUACAGACACCUCUUAUACUAAUGCUAGACAAUCACCUCCAACUUCAUCCUCCGAACCAAUGGAUGUUAUAAUGGAAACUGAUAAAGAAGCAGAAAAGAAAUCAGAUUCUGAAUUGGAUAGCAAAUCAAAAGACAAUAAUGACAAAUAAAUCGAUAAUAGUUUGGUUUCAGUUUUAUGUUCAAUGCCAUGCAAACCUUUUCUUUGUCUUGUUACAAUCUCUAGUAUUACACUUCUGUACGCAUGGAAAAUCUGAAUGUAUUUUUAUUCACUUGUUCAUUUUUGACUCACUGAAUUUGUCUAUUUUUUGUCUAAAAACUGAUGUGUAAAUGUAUCAGUUUUGUUUCUCCCAAUGAUAUAUAUAUAUAUAUAUAUAUA